AUGAUUUUAAGCAAAUUAGGAGAAGAACAAAGGAAUUUUGAUAUUUUUUCAAUUGUUUUUGAGCAAAACCUAAUAUGCAGUAAAAAGCACAAAUCAGCUUAUUCAGAUGUCAGCUCAUUUUUAGUAAUUCCUCCACAAUAUAAAGAAUACCCAGAGAAUUUUAUCCUCAGCAAAAUUAAUAAUCCUUCAAAGAUUAAAUCAUUUUGCAGUCCAUGCAAAAAAGAAGCUGAUAUUAGCAUUUCUGCGACUCUACCCGUCUACCCACAACAUCUUAUCUUUUAUUUUCCAGCUUCUCCUCAGGCUCUAAAACCUUAUAUUCAUUUUAAUAAAAACAAUUGAUAUGAAUUAUAUGGAGCUAUUUGCUAUUAUCAAGAAGAAAGCUUUCAUUAUACUGCAUUAACUAAAGAUGGAGUUGAUUGAAAUGAGUAUAAUGAUGAGCACGUUGAAGCUAAAAGCAUAAACCCAUCCCUAGUAUUUUUAGCAUUUUAUUCUAAAGCACCUCCAUCAAUUCCUGGUACAAAGGCUGCUCCCAUCCCUACAUCUGUUAAAAAAUUUGAAUAAAUAAAAUGGCAUUCAGUUCUAGAGAAAUAAGCUUUACUAGUUUUUCUCUCCUCAUGAAUUUUAUUUGUGGGAUUUGGUUUUAGCUGGAGAACUUCUGCACAGCAACAAAGGUUUAACUUUAGUCGCAUAGGGCUAGAGGAAGUGCUCCUUAGCGCAUUCAAGCUAGAGAAACUGCUCCUUAGCGCAUUCAAGAGGCUUUGGGUUUUUUCCAAUCAGCACACCGGAGAAGGCAAUUCUUAAGAGGAAUAUGCGCAGGAACUGAUUUUGGCAAGAGCAACGGGUGAGAAGUUUCGCUUUGAAAUGGUAGGAGCAUGCCAAGGAAGGCCUCCCAUGUGUUACGGUAUUUUUAUAUGGUGGAAUGGCCCAUGACGUAACUAGUUCUUCAUAAUCCUUGUUAAAAGGGAAUGAAAUCCGAACAGCUUAAUCACCAAAUUUAAGUUAAGUUAAAAAAAAGGAGAAAUGAUUCUAG